AUGACUUUGCAAAAUGAGUGUAAAAAAUGGUGGCCGAAAUUAAUCAUCCCUAGAGGGGAUACAAAAUGGUUUGACAAUUUUGCCACACCAAGAUCGUUCUCACAAAAUGCUAUGCAUUACAACUCUGUACUUCAUGAGGAUUUGAAAAUGGCUGAAUUUAAAGGGAUAUUGAGAGUAGCUCGAGGACUCAAAAGAACCGGCAAGCUGGGCUACCUGUCCUUCUUCGGUCGGCCAUCUGAAGUGAAACAUGAGUCCAAGUGUGCAUCCAAAACGGACGACAUGCUCUAUGACAGCUGGGGAGUCAAACCCCUGUGGGAGUCCAAACCCUUCUCCUUAAUGAAGCUUCCAUUCAGCCCCCAAAGUAUGUCUCCCUUCCUCAGUGAAGAAUCGGUGAAAUACCACUACAGCAAGCACCACGCCGCCUACGUGAAGAACUUAAACAAUUUAGCCGAGCAACACGGUGAAUUGAGGAAUUUGACUUUGGAAGAGGUGAUAGGAAAAUACUCCGGGCCCAUUUAUAACAAUGCAGCUCAAAUUUUUAACCACAACUUCUUUUGGUUGGGACUGAAGGAGCAUGGAGGUGGGAAGCCUUACGGAGAAAUAAAAAACAAAAUUGAAGAGUCCUUUACCACCUUUGAAAAUUUUAAAGACGUCUUCUUGAAGGAAGCAUCAGGCCAUUUUGGGAGCGGCUGGAUAUGGCUAAUAAUGAAGGACAAAAAGCUCAUCAUCUACCAAGGACAUGACGCCGAUAACCCCAUAAAGAGUAACAUUGGUCACCCCAUCCUAACCCUAGAUGUUUGGGAGCAUGCUUACUAUGUGGAUUACAAAAAUGCCAGAGGGGACUACGUGAAAGGUGCGUAG